AUGCUCAGCAGUUGCGCUCGCAAGACUCUGUUGAAUCUUGGAGCUCCUCAACUCUCGAGGUCGACUCUACGGUUGGCCUCGAGCCGCCACUUUUCCGUUUUCUCCCGACUCAACGGUCUUCAUCGUCCCAAGGUGGUCCCACCUGUUACCGUUGUCGGCCAGCAGACCCAACUUGACAAGGACUUCAUCACUUAUGGGAUUCGACCGUCCUCAACAAGGUCUGUGAUGAGGAACGUCACGCCAGGAUCUCUAUAUGAGAGCGCCUUGCGUCAUGAGAUGGGGACUAAGAUAACGAGCUGUGGAGCAUUGGCGGUCUAUAGUGGGGCGAAGACCGGCCGGAGCCCCAGCGAUAAGCGAAUCGUUGAUAAUGCUAGCGAGGAGUACAAUGAUGAUAUAUGGUGGGGAAAGAUAAAUCACAAGCUCAGUCCUGAGAGUUUCCAAGCUCUGAAAGCUGAUGCUAUUAACUAUCUAGAUGAACGAGAUGAGCUCUACGUGGUAGACGGUUAUGCUGGUUGGGAUCCCGAGUAUCGAAUUAAGGUUCGAGUGGUGGCUAGUCGAGCGUACCAUGCUUUGUUUAUGGAGAACAUGCUGGUGAUCCCUCCAGCGGAAGAAUUGGACGCUUUUCAACCCGACUUCGUCAUUUUCAACGCUGGGCAGUGCAAAGCUAACCGCAACAUUGAAGGCCUCACCUCGGAUACUUCGGUCGCUGUGAAUUUCAAGGCUAACGAGAUGGUUAUUAUGGGCACUGAAUAUGCUGGUGAGAUGAAAAAGGGUAUUCUUACAUUGAUGAUGCAGGCAAUGCCGCAUAAGUUCGGACAGCUGCCUCUUCACUCUAGCUGCAAUAUUCAGAAAGAUCCAAUUAGUGGGAAGCCGACUGACUGCACUUUAUUUUUUGGCCUGUCUGGUACUGGUAAAACCACUCUAUCGGCGGACCCAUCACGUUACCUUGUGGGUGACGAUGAGCAUGUGUGGACUGAUAAAGGCGUGUUUAACGUCGAAGGUGGCUGCUAUGCUAAAGCCAUAGGGCUCACUAAAGAGACUGAGCCAGAGAUCUACAACGCUAUCCGCUUCGGAACAGUACUAGAAAACGUCCAAGUGGAUCCUCGAACUCGUGAAGUAGACUUCAAUGACACUUCCAUCACUGAGAAUACUCGGUGUAGUUAUCCUCUAUAUUAUAUAGAGAAUUCGCACAUCCCAGCAAAGAUCGACAUCCAUCCUUCUAAUGUCAUAUUGCUCACUUGUGAUGCCUUUGGAGUGCUACCUCCAGUGAGUUUCCUCACUCCGGACCAAGUCCAGUACUAUUUCGUAUCAGGGUAUACUGCUAAAGUUGCUGGUACCGAGGACGGUAUCACGGAGCCUGUAGCGACCUUUUCCUCCUGCUUCGGAGCUCCUUUCCUCGUAUGGCACCCCACUGUAUAUGCUGAGAUGUUGGCUGAUAAGCUCGAGAAACAUCACUGCUCGGCCUUCUUGCUUAAUACGGGGUGGACCGGUGGAAGCUACACUAACGGUGGAAGCCGCAUCAAAUUGGAGUAUACCCGUAAAAUGAUAGAUGCGAUUCACAACGGUACACUCAAGUCUAUGGUAGAAGCGGAGGAGCUCGUAUCGACUCCAGUCUUUGGACUCAGGAUCCCCACAUCGUUGCCUGGUAUCCCAAGUGAGGUUCUGGAUCCUGCUAAUGGUUGGGCUGACAAGCAGGCCUAUCUCCAACAGUUACAGCGUCUGGCUGUCCUUUUUAAUAACAAUUUUGAAGAGUAUGCUUCCAAGUGUCCGUCUCGAGUGGCCGCUGCUGGCCCGAGGGUGAUCGAGAGCAGUGGUGAUACUGUAAGGCAGACGGAGAGUAACCAUUCAAUGGCAACGAGCUCCGAGGUGAGGAGGCAGACUAAAGCUGCAACAGUGAAGGAUGAGAUUUGA